UAUUAUAUAAAGAAAAGAGUACAAGUAAAAGAAAGAAGAGAUAAACAGAGAGCAUAAAAAGAAACAGAAAGACAAUAAUAAAAAGCAGGUAAAAAGAGUAGUGAAACAGAGAGAGAGAGAGAGAGAGCGAGCAAAAUAAUUGGAAAUUGCAGAGAAUUCAAUUUGAUGAGAGAAUGGAUAGAAGUAGAAAAUUAAAUAUGGCUGCAGGAGGAGCCUCCGGUGGAUUGUUAAAACGCCGACACAGAAGAAACACUCCCCUUCGAGACUCCCCUGAAGAUGAGACGCAAGAAAGAGAUAGAGGGAGUACAAGGGAAUUAAUGACAGAUCGUAGUAACACCAACAGCAAGCCGAGAAGAGAAAUUAGCACACAAGAACAAGAACCAGAGCAAGAAACAACAGAAGAUGAAGAUGAUAAUGAAACCGGAGACUGUCCAAAUGCGACGUCCUAUUCUUCAGUGUUUCGCAAUCAUGUUCACCGGAAGAGCCUGCCUUCUUUUAAGGUUGCUGAUGAAAUGAUUGCACUCUCCGUACCAAGAAAGUCUCGCUCAGCUUCUGCGAAAAGGUUGAAGAAGACUUGGGUUUCAGGAAAUAGUGGAGAUGAUGCAUCAUCGAAGAAACAAAAGACUACCGUUCCAAAAGUAGCUGUUGUUGAAGAGGAGGAGGAGGAUAUAGAGAUUGAAAUUGCUGAGGUGUUGUUUGGGUUGAUGAAGCAAUCAUCAUUUACCCCCAACAUCGUUCAUACUAAGGAUACAGUUUUGGCCCUAAACAGUGGCCCUGUGCGUGUUGCUUCAAAGAAGCAGAAAGCGGAGGCUGAUGAUUCAAUUCAAAUACAAGACUCUUCAGUUAAAGAUGAAAGCCAAGAAAAAAUGCAACUGCUUUCCGGUAAAUUGGAGAACAACGCCCAACAGUGUGAUAUGACUAGUACUAAAUCACCGGAGUCUCCUGUAAAUUCAAAAUUGGCGAUCGAAGAUACUGGUGUUGCUACCAAAGAAAAAUCUGUAUCAGUAAAGAAGGAAUUAGCUUCCUGCAAUAAAGAUUCCAAAGUGACAAUAGCGACUUCAAAUCUAUCCGAGGUAGAGGGCCACUGCAUCGAGAAGUUCAAGAUCGAUCUGAUGGUUCCUCCUCCUCUGAUAUCUUCUCCAGAACAAGAUGGCUUCAGUGAUAAGCCUACAUCUGAGGAUGUGGAAAUGAAAAUAGGAAAUAUGGUUAGGAAGGAAGAACAGGUUGAGAGAUUGGUGAAGCAGGAACCAGUAUCGGUAGUGGAACUUGAAGAUAAGAAGAUAAAGACAAAUGGGCAGAAGCCAGAACCAAGAAUUGAUUUGGAGAAGCUGAACCAGGACAGUAGAAAUGACGAUAGCACUCAAUUACAGCAGAAACAGCAAGCUAAAGCUCCCAUUUCUAAAUUGGAAACAACUGCUGAAUCUAGCUCAGUGCCUCUACCAAUUGCAAUUCCUGGUUGGCCAGGUGGUCUUCCUCCUCUCGGAUUCAUGCCUUCCUUUCAGACAAUCAUGCCCUUGGAUGGGACUGCAGGAUCAUCUGCAGCACUGCAGCCUCCUCCUUUUCUUCUCUCUCAACCUUGCUCGAAGAGAUGUGCAACCCACCAUUAUAUUGCUAGCAGCAUUCGCUUGCACCAGCAGUUCACAAAAAUGAACCAUUUCUGGCCACCAAUAACUGGCCCUGCUGCUCUAUAUGGAAGCAAAUCCAAAAAUUCCAAUAAUAUGCGUUACCUGGAGAAUACGGUCAUUGGAAAUCCAUUGCAAGGGAGCAAUCCAGUUGUCAAUACAAACACUUGUCAGGAAAAAGGAGAGAAUGUGCCAAAUAUUCCAGAUUUUACCAGAAAAGAUAGAAGCUCUGAAGGGGCCAACUUCAUAGACACAGUACAGAAAAAGCAGGUAGUGCUUCAUCAAUCCCCAGAGCCAGCCGCUGCUGCUAAUUUAACGCAUGGCCCUGCCUUCAUUUUCUCUCUCACUCAGCAUCAAGCACCAGCAACAACAACAGGAAGUCAAACUGAGGCUCCUAAAUCUACUGCCUCAUCAACAUUGGCAGCUGCAGCUGCAGCUAUGAGCUUCAGUUAUCCAAAUAUGGCUGCCAAUGAAGCUCCAUAUAUGACACUACUACCAAACAGUGGUUACUCAUUCCCUAUCUCUGCCCCCAUUGGGAACUCACAAGCAUUCAGAGGUGGAAAUCCUGCUCAAGCAUUACCUUUCUAUAAUGGGUCCUUCUACACAUCUCAGAUUCUACAUCCUUCCCAGUUUCAGCAGCAACAAUCUCAAACAUACCCUCUGAUCCAACCAGUUCAUCGGAAUGCAAGCUCGUCAAGUGGCUCAUCAUCAUCCCACAAACAACCGCAAACUCAGCAGCUCCACAGGACACAGGUUAGUGGCAAUAACUUUGUGACCUCUACAAGUUUGCAGUCACAGCAGCAACAGAAGCAGCAUGUGCUAUCCCAUCAAUCAAGGAAGCUUGAAUCUAAUAUGAGUGGAGAAAGUACCUCAACAAUUGCUGAUACUUGGGCCUCUCACUCUCAAAAGAGUGUUCAUGGCCAGAGCUUCAUGCUUCCUCUUCAGCCAAACUUUGCGUUAAUGCCUUCCAUAACUGUUGGUGGCAGUCGCAAUUGUGGUGAGAAGCAGCAACCGCAGGAGAAGAGCUUGAAGGGUGGAGUUGAAAUUAUCCCUUCUCAAGCAUUUGCAUUGUCAUUUGCCUCUUUCAAUGGAGGUAAUGCACCUUUAAACUUGAACUUCUCAGCCAUGGCACAAAAUCCCACAAUUUUCCAAAGCCUUCCAGACAUGACUCCUCAAGGUUACCAGGUUAUAUCUGCACCACAAUCCACGCAAAAGAAAAAUUACCAACUGUCUGAAGGGAAGACUGGAGAUAGUGCUGGCAACCCUGAUGAUAGGAAAAACGUCACGCUGGGAAACACAUCAAAUGUCGGCCGGACAAUUGUUUUUGAUAAUUCAGCUAGAACCCUUAACUUCGUGUCAUCUCCUUUCACUGGAAACUGGCCUUCUUGCUCCAUUACUUCUAACACUAAUGCUGCAGUUGCUGUUAAUGCUCCAAAUUCCCAGAAAAGCCAACUAAAUAAGCUUCAGAAGCAGCAUAUUUUGCACCAACAGCAACCUAAUGGAGUAGCUCAGAGUAAAACACCAAUAGCUCACAGCCUGCCUUCAUCUGCCAUUAAUUCCAAAUUUCCAAAUAACGCUCUCAUUUUUACGCAAACUCUAUCUCAAAGCAAUAGCUCUCCCCAAAGUCCCCAGUGGACAAGCUCACAAAAUAUCCCAGCAACUCGAGCCGCAGGAGGACCUCUCUUAGCAUCCAACGCAUCAACACUUGAGAAUGUUACCUGGCAUCAAGGAAGAGCUACACAAGGCCAAAUAUCUUUCGGGGGAGACCCCAAGGCCAUAUUAGCUCCCCAAGGGCAACAAAUGCCUCCAAACAGUCAGUCUUCGUCUGUAUUAGUUGCUGGGUCUCUACCUAGUUCUAGCAACUUGAGAACACCUACAAUAAAUGCCAAGGCAGCUAAUUCAUCAGUUAAUGUGUUGCAGUCACAGCAGAGUGACAACUCUUCUACUGGGAAUGGCCAGAAAUCAUCCCCAGUUUGUGGUAGGGAUGUACCUUCAAUCUUAAGCACAUGCCCCAGUCACCUUUCUCAGCUGAAGUACUAGAAUCUGGUUGAAUGGGAUUCAAUUGGUGCUUCUGUAGGGUUAAUUUCAUAAUAGCAUUACGUUCUGUGCCUCCAGUUCAGGUACUGCUAAGUCUGGCUGUAGCCAAUGCUCUAGAUGGUGUGUUGACAUCCUGUUUCUGGUAAAAUUCCUACCAUAUACUGGGUAAUCUAAUGGUGUCCCAUUUCUUUGCCCUUUAUCAUUUAAAGCCGUACUAGCUGAAGCCACAUGACUGAAGAGCGGAUUGUCUUCUAGAAACUUUUGGAGUAUUUGGCAUGUGUGCAGUUUUCAAGUCUUGGUGGGUAAGGGAGACAACUUCAACAUUUACUGGCUGAUGGUGGAAUGACGCAUUCUUUUUAGAGGAUAGGAUGUAGCAUAAAGUCUAACUGAUACGUGGAUUCGUCACUGCCAAGUGCCCCCUCCCCACCACCCUGCGGCAAUGAUUUGGCAGGAGACUCUGUAAGUAGGCAAGUUUUGGAGGGGCGAUGUGCUCUUCAUUUAUUUGGCCUACAAGUUGUGACAUUAGUUAGUUGAGAACGACUGUAACUUGAAAGGGACUGAAGUGGGACCUGCCAAAUAGAAAUACUUGGGAAUUUAGGUUGGUUUGGGCUAUUAAGGGUAAUGGUUGUUCAUGUGUCUCUAAUUUUGAUUUCAUUCGUCCACUGUGACGUGAGAUGUAUAGAUGUUAUAAAUAUAUUAAUCUGUAGAACAGAAAGCACUCUAAAUAUAAGUCUUCCCAAUUAUUGAUGA